AUGUUCCCCCCCCUUUCUCGCUCCCGCCUGGUUAAACGGACAGCAUAUACCACCUUCGGUCUUGGUGCAGCUUACCUUGCAGAUACUGAACUCAAUGCAUCCGCCGUAACCCGUAACCUUCGCACACUAUGGACUUGUGCACUCAUAUCAGCAGACUACAAGCUUAACUUUACGCCAGAGCAUGCAGACCGUAUACCCGCCAUCCACCAGCGUGUUGCAGAUCGAAUGUAUAACCUUUUCACUAGCAAUGGCGGACUGUACAUAAAAAUUGGUCAAGCAAUAGGCGCGAAUGCUGCGCUUAUGCCCGCACCUUUUCAGCAAAAGUUCGCUCGUCUCUUCGAUGAUGCUCCACAAAUUCCGUAUCCUACCAUUGCUCGUGUAUUCCAACGCGAAUUCAACAAGUCUCCUCAAGAGUUGUUUGCUUACUUUGAUGAGCAAGCCGUUGCCAGUGCCUCCGUAGCACAGGUCCACAAAGCACGCACGUGGGAUGGCGACUGGGUCGCAGUGAAAGUACAGAAGCCAGAUGUAGGGCGCCAGACCAGUUACGAUCUCAUUGCAUUUAGAGCCGUGAUGUGGGCAUUUGAGAAGUGGGUGUUUGACCUACCUGUUUAUUUUGCUGUCGACUUUAUUUCUUCUCACCUCCGUGCUGAACUUGAUUUCAUUUCUGAGGCCUCUAACGCACAGCGGACUGCAUCACUCGUUGCAUCAGAACCCCGCCUAGCUGGCAAAGUUCACAUUCCAAAGGUUUACCCCGAGUACUCAACCAAGCGUGUGCUGACAGCGGAGUGGAUCGAUGGUGUACGACUAAGCGACCGGGAGGCACUAGGUCGAGUUGUCGGUGAGAAACUGCCUGAAACAGGCGGGGGAAUGUUUGCGGAUACGGUACAUGAGGAGAAGAAAAAUGGCAUUCCCGAGAGCAUGCAUCAUGUUAAAUUAAGGGGCGGGAUGCACGCAAUAAUGCAUACAAUGGUUGAGCUUUUCAGUGCACAAAUGUUCGACUGGGGUUUUGUCCACUGUGACCCGCAUCCAGGGAACAUCAUUAUUCGUGCCCGCCCAUGCUCCUCCUCGUCGAAACCGUCAUCGAAACCUGUGCUCCGCGACCCUCAACUAGUACUACUAGACCAUGGCUUGUAUGUGACCAUACGUCCCACUGUCAAGCGCCAGUACGCCUCUCUCUGGCGUGCACUCCUUACCUCGGAUUGGGAUACAAUAAGAAACGUCACCGGAAGCUGGGGUGUCGGCGAGGCGGGGCUAUUUGCGAGUGCUGUCCUCAUGCGGCCGGUGAAGAUUGGACGGGGUGACAGGUCAAGUUCACGUACAGAGAAUGCUAAUGGGGAUCCUGGCAACGAGCUUAAUGCAUAUGAGCAAAGUGUACGGAUGAAAGAACGACUGAAACGAUUCCUUGUCGAUACCGAUAAGAUGCCCAAGGAAUUGAUUUUCUUAGGGCGGAAUAUGCGAAUCGUACAAGGCAACAACCAGUCGCUCGGUUCUCCGGUUAACCGCAUUAAAAUUACAGCAUAUUGGGCUUCCCGCUCGCUAGUCACGACGCAUGAACGAUCCACUCGUGUAUGGUGGGCCCGCUUUGACGCGCGCGAGCUUUGGCGCGACAUGCUCUUUCGUACUGCCAUGUUUAGCCUCGACAUUGUGUUCUGGGUAUCGAAGAUCCGGCAACGUGUACGUGCGUUGUUGGGCCUGACGAAUGGCGGAUUUGAGGAUGAGCUGGAGAGGAGCGUGAGGGGAUUUGCGAGGAGCACGUUUGGUGUUGAGGUGGGGCCUGAGGCGUUUGAAGGAUAGAUUUGAUAGUAGGUUGCAGGCUAAUUACAGAUACUUUCCAUAUUGACAGACCAGAAUUCAGUGUUUUCUUACGUUUCUAUUUGCUUGGGGAGCUGGACACACAAUGAUUUCAUCAUGGGUCUCACCUUUUACGAUACUGUUCGACCCUGGAUAGCAAGGGACUCGGGAGUCCACUGCUUCCAACAGGCCUCCUUUCAGCUCGGGACUGUCGCUCAUUUUUUGAUACAUCGUACAGUUUGGUAGUCGUACGAGACCAGGAGUAUUCAUGGCCACUAUGCAAAAACCAACUGUGGCAUGUGACAUACGUGCAGAGGGUCUAGCUCCGUAAGCACUAAUAAAUUAUAGAAGCG